CCAAAAUUACCCCUACUGCAAAUAGGCGGGAAUAUAAAUCAUCUCCUUUCUACUCAACUCUUCCAAGUCCUCAACUUUCCAUUUCACUCAGACAUGAACAACGCCCAAUCUUACAAGCGCCCUGCCUCGCCACCGCAGAAGCAUCACACCACGGCGGCGAUCGACCAAACUUCACUUUACGAAGCAGCAGCAGCAGCAGCAGAAGCGGUGGCUUCACCUUUCGCAAAGUGGAGACGCCCCGCGCUGUCACAAGAAUAUUUGUCACACUCUACAAAUCUCUUAUUCCAGGAGCUGGAAGUUGAUUACGUGAUCGGUGAAAGUCAUGAGGAGUUGGUGCCUGAUUCUCGCGGUCCAGCUGCUAUUAUUCGAAUCUUUGGAGUCACCAAAGAAGGUCAUAGUGUUUGUUGCAAUGUGCAUGGAUUUGAACCUUAUUUCUAUGUAAGUUGCCCUCCGGGGAUGGAGCCUGAUGGCAUCUCUCGUUUUCAUAAGAUUCUUGAGGGUAAGAUGAGAGAAGCCAACAAAAACGCUCAUGUCCCCAAAUUUGUUCGCCGUGUGGAAAUGGUUCUGGAUAAGAGCAUUAUCAAUCGUCAAGAGCUGGGGCCUCAGCCUUUUCUCAAAAUCGUUGUUGCCUUGCCAACUAUGGUUGCUGGUUGUUGUGGUAUGCUUGACAAAGGCAUACAAGUUGAGGGUCUUGAUAUGAAGAGCUUUGUGACAUAUGAGGGUAGUAUAUGCUUUGCUAUGAGGUUCAUGUUUGACUGCAACAUUGUUGGGGGGAACUGGAUUGAAGUUCUGGCUGGAAGAUAUAAGAAGACAUUGAAAAAUAUAUCUUAUUGCCAGUUGGAGUUUGAUUGCCACUUUUCAGAUUUGGUAACUCAUGUUCCAGAAGGGGAAUUUACCAAGAUGGCUCCAUUUCGUAUAUUGAGUUUUGACAUUGAGUGUCCUGUUCGUGGAACUCAGUUCCCUCAAGCUACUCAUGAUCCUGUAAUUCAGGUGGCCAAUAUACUUACUCUGCAGGGAGAAGCUCAGCCAUUAAUUCGGAAUGUAAUGACACUAAAAUCGUGCUCACCAAUAGUUGGCGUAGAUGUGAUGUCUUUUGACACCGAAAAAGAAGUUUUGCUAGCUUGGAGGGAUCUCAUACGUGAAGUGGAUCCAGAUAUAAUUACUGGAUUUAACAUCUGCAGAUUUGAUUUGCCGUAUCUCAUUGAGAGGGCUGAAGUUCUGGGAAUAGCAGACUUUCCGGUAUUGGGCCGCGUUAGAAAUAGCAGGGCCCGUCUCGGCAAUGCAACCUUUUUGUCAAGACGGUUUGGAACAAUGGAAUGUAGAGAAAUUACAGUGGAAGGGAGGGUUCAGAUUGAUUUAUUUCAGGCUAUACAUAGGGAUUAUUUGUUGAAGUCGUACAAAUUGAAUGAUAUUGCUGCUCACUUUCUUGGGGAUAAGAAAGAGGAUGUCCACUUUUCACGUAUUUCACAUCUUCAGAAUGGUAGUGCAGAGACGAGGAGACAAUUGGCUGUAUAUUGCUUGAAGGAUGCUUCUCUGCCUCAGCAACUCUUGGACCACUUGAUGUAUGUUUCCAAACAUGCGGAAAUGGCUAGGGUAACAGGUGUCCCUAUCUCGUAUCUUCUUUCUAAAGGGCAGAGCACCAAGGAUACUCCUCAACUUCUUAGCAAAGCAAAGAAACUGAAUCAAGUUAUUCCAACUGCAGAACUGCCAAGACAAGGAACAUCUGGCAGAGCAAAUGCUUGAUGGAAAGUUUGACAAGGAAAUGAAGACUUGUCAAUUUACUUUUGGAGAUGCAUCUGAAACUUGGUUUCUUAUUGUUUUUGGAAGAUGUAUUUCAAAUUUGGUUCUGUUAUUGUUUUUAUUAUUAGACAACUAUUACAAUUGAAUGCUGUUCUGGCUUGUUAUUUGCGAUCCUUUCAUUCCCAGCACAGUGUCUUUUCCAUACAGCAUC